CUUAAGACUAAAGUACAGCAGACGUUAUCUGGCAUUAUCUCUGUAGAUCAUGUCUGUGACGGUUCUCUUGUUGUUGCUUGGUUUGAUUGGCACCGUCUACUCAGCCUGCAGCCAGGGACGGACCAAGCACGAGCUGAGGGGUGCCUGGAUCGCCACCGUCUCCAACAUCGACUGGCCAAAGUCCAGCAGCAGGACGACCAGCCAGAACCAGGCUGACCUCAAGACGGCUCUAAACCUGCUGGAGGCUCAGUCCAUCAAUGCUGUCUUCUUUCAGGUACGUCCUGCAGGCGAUGCCUUCUACAACUCCAGCAUCGAGCCAUGGAGCCAGUGGCUGACUGGCACUCAGGGCCACGCCCCCAGCCCGGCAUGGGACCCGCUCCAGUACCUGAUCACUGAGGCACACAAGCGGAACAUCGAGGUCCACGCUUGGCUCAACCCCUACAGGGCUAAGUCUGGCUCCACCACGACCACAGGUCUGGCAGCUCACCACAUGGCCAAAGAGUUUCCUGCUCACGCGCACGCCUACGGCAACAACCUGUGGAUGGACCCAGGGAGCACACAAGUCCAGAACCGCGUCAACGCCGUCGUCAUGGAUAUCGUCCAUCGCUACGACGUGGAUGGUAUCCACAUGGAUGACUACUUCUACCCCUACCCCACCUCCGCCAGCUUCCCAGAUACCAGUACAUACAACGCCUACAAGACUGGCGGAGGUCACUUGGCGCUCGCUGAUUGGAGGAGAGACAACGUCAACAAACUCAUUGAACGUCUGUCUACCAACAUCCAUCACGCCAAGCCAUGGGUCAAGUUUGGGGUCAGUCCUUUUGGGAUCUGGAGGUCAGGACAUCCUGCAGGGGUCACAGGCACGUCCAGUGUCGACGCCCUGUACGCCGACUCCCGUCUCUGGCUACAGAAGGGAUGGCUGGACUACAUCGCCCCCCAGCUCUACUGGGUCAUCGACGGUCCUCAGAGCUUCACCAAACUCCUGGACUGGUGGUCUGACCCGGCCCAGAACCCGCUACACAAGCAUGUGUACGCCGGCCUGGCUGACUACAGAGUGCUAGAGAACAACUGGAGCGUGAACGAGAUCCUCCACCAGAUCCAGGCCACACAGGCCCGCACAGCCCACCACGUGUGGGGCGCCAUCCACUACAGCGCUAAACAUGUGGAGACCAACGUCCAUGGUCUCUUCACCACCCUGAAAGGGUCGGUCUACAAACACCCGGCCCUACCUGGCGUCUACGGUUACCUGAGCGGGGUCGACGCCCCUGCCGCCCCCAAGGUCACGGCCAGCGGGUCGACCUUGGACUGGAGCGAGAGCAGCCACACGAACGUGCGGUCGUGGGCGGUGUACCACAGCAGCGCCAACACGUGCACGCUGGUUAAGGUACUCAGCCCGUCCCACACGUCAUACGCCGUCACCGGCACGGGGGUCUACGUCGUCACGGCCGUCAACCGGCUGGGGCACGAGACGGACGGGAACCAGGUGACCAUCACCACCGCUGUUGGCUAGUGUCGGCGUCGUCUGGUUGUCAUAGAAACCAGUGAACGAAAUAUGAGGUGUGUUAUUUUUUCAACAGCGUACAAUUAUUUUUUGACUGAAAUAAAGUUUAAAA